UUGAAGUGCAAGUGCGUAGUGAGCAAAGUGAAUUGUGAAGUGAAAAGAAAAUGGAAAGUCAUAUGGAAACCGACAUGGAACUUAAAAGUGUAUUAGAGGAAAUGGGCAUGGUAUGUGUUUUCCCUUUUCUGCAGGAAUCUGGAGUGACCUUGUCUUUACUAAAUGAUAUAACAGACGAAGAAUUAAAAGAGGUGAUUCCCAAAUUAGGAGUUCGGAUGGAAUUUAAAAGAGCACUUUGCUCAUGGAAUCAAAGAAAUAACUGUGAGAAACCUUCUAUAUCCAAGGAUAUAAGGAAUAAGGAAGACCAUGAAAAAAACUUGGUUCUAAACAAGAGCAUUCGUUCAUUAUUAUCGGAGAAUGAACACGGAAAAGCAUUACUAAAUAAAAACACUUUGCUGGAAGUCGACAGAGUUUGGCUAAUAAACGCUAUAGUGGAGGAAGCCAUCAACAAUUAUAUAUUAAUAAAAGUUUGCGAUUUUCCAAAGCUGGUCGAGGAGAUUUGCUAUGUAUUUCCCAACGAAAAAACAAACAAGGACUUUUAUUAUAUAAAUCGGACCAAAUACAAAAACCCAACAGGUAAGCUGUACUCGCGGUACAAAAAUAAGCGCUACCAGUUGUCCAAAGAUAAUUGUCUGGGAAGAAAACAAAAUUUGAUAUCGGGAAGCAGUAUCCAAAGCCACCGUUCCAUUCCCACUGAAGUUGACGAAGCCGUUGCUAAGUCAUUAAAGGCCAUUUUGAAGCGAGAUUGCGCGGAUUGGCAUGACGUUUGCCUAAAGUGGAAACAAACUUUUCAUAUUCGCCAAAAGGAUUUGAACCAAUUGAGUGCUGCAGAUUUUUUAAAAGCUUGGCCGAGACUUUGCCAUGCUCAAGCACCUGAAUUGAUAAACAUCGACUUUCAAGAAAUAUACGCAGAGAAAGAGAAUGCAUUGUUUUUAAAGUGGGACGACCUGAAGACGACUUUGUUUCCUUUUUACGACAAGAAGGUGAAAAACCAUCACAGCAGGCAACAGCUUACCGAAGCAAAGUCGGCAAUAAAUGAAGAUGCCCAGGACUUUUUAUUUGCCAUUUUGCUAAAUGCCGUGCUGCCACCGACGGCGCGUUUCGUUAAUGAGCAAGGAAGAAAAACUAAGAAGGUGACAAUAGCAGAUGCGCAGAAUUCGAUGGUGCUGCGCCUAGAUAGCCUGAACGACUACAAGCGGCAAAUUGACAAGCAGGUGUGCCUUCAUUACGCCGAGGGAUCAUCUCUUCAACCUUUCAUCAUUGUACACGGUACUUCAGACACGGAUCUCGCCGCUUUUUACGUAUAUUUUGAUCAGAACCUUUUUAAAUUCGACUCGUUUCUUCGAAGUCUGGAUACCUGCUUUAAAAUUUUUAACUGUUACGGCUUAAAAUAUCCAGAACCUUGCGAACAAGCGUGGACGUUUAUUCAAAAAUAUGUUUAUGGGAUAGAAACGGAGUUUGAUAAGAAAUCCCCAAAUUUAACUACAGUCUUAAGCUAUUUACAUAACCAAAACUAAAAUGUUUGUGUGCUUUCGGUGUCUAAGGACUCUUCCAAAUCCAAAGCUUUUAGUAUCCCAUUUAAAAAUAAGUCAUUUAUUAACAAGAAAAUCGUUAAAAAUAGUUUGUAAGCAACAAAAUUGUGAACAAGUAUUUACUAAUUUUUCAUACUUUCGCAUACAUUUGGAAAAAACUCACC